UAAAAAAAAAAAAAUUCCAAAGGCAAUGAAGACGCGAAUUGCAGUAGCCUGAGUGACGGAGGAGGAGGGCUGACAUAAUCCUCUGGUUCCUUUUUACAGUUCUCACUCAUUCUUGUUUUGGUCGUCAUUUCUUUAUCCCAUUGUCCCCCUCCUGAAAUCUCCUGAAAAAUCCCACCACAUCCGCAACAACAGCAGGAAGGGAAGAGCACACUCACGCCGACCCCAAUAAAAAAUACAAAUUGAAUUGAAUGGGUUUGAAGAUUCAGCCAAGGAGACUUCACUCCUCUGCAUCUUGAGAGGUCUUCUGUCGUACGUACCCCUUGCCCCCCCAACAUAUAUAUGACGUGUGGGUGGCCUUUUUUAUAAAACUGAACAUGGAAAAUGAGGUAAUCGAAUUCGACAUAGGUGUAGGAGGUGGAGGUGGAGGUGGAGGUGCUGCCAGUGGAGAUGAAGCCCUGGACGGUGACCAUCAUGCCCUUGAUGAAGAGAUGGCUGAUAGUUCUCCCACCGGCGGCAGCGGUGGUGGUGGUGGUGGUGGCGGUGUUAGUGGAGAAAUUUACAUUCCUGAAGGGGACCCGGAUCUUGAGCCUUAUGAGGGCAUGGAAUUUGAAUCUGAAGAGGCUGCCAAGGCUUUUUACAACUCAUAUGCCCGUCGUGUUGGGUUCAGCACCCGUGUUAGCUCCUCCCGCCGUUCCAGGAAGGAUGGAGCAAUCAUACAGAGGUCCUUCGUUUGUGCUAAAGAAGGGUUUCGGAACUUGAAUGAGAAACGCACCAAAGAUAGAGAGAUCAAGCGGCCCCGCACCAUUACCCGAGUAGGAUGCAAAGCAUCCCUCUCGGUUAAGAUUCAGGAUUCCGGGAAAUGGGUUGUGUCUGGCUUUGUUAGGGAACACAAUCACGAACUGGUGCCCCCAGACCAGGUGCAUUGCCUGCGCUCCCACCGCCAAAUUUCUGGCCCUGCCAAGACCUUGAUAGAUACCCUGCAGGCAGCUGGAAUGGGCCCCCGGAGGAUUAUGUCAGCCCUGAUAAAAGAGUAUGGUGGUAUCAGCAAAGUUGGAUUUACAGAGGUAGACUGUAGGAAUUACAUGAGGAAUAAUCGCCAGAGGAGCUUAGAGGGAGACAUUCAGCUUCUUCUGGAUUAUUUGAUACAAAUGCAUGCUGAGAACCACUCAUUCUUUUAUUCUGUACAGGGCGACGAGGAUCAGUAUACGGGUAAUGUCUUUUGGGCUGAUCCGAAGGCAAGGAUAAACUACACUUAUUUUGGUGAUACUGUAACAUUCGACACGACUUACAGGUCAAAUAGAUACCGUUUACCCUUUGCACCCUUUACCGGUGUAAAUCAUCAUGGACAGCCCGUGUUGUUUGGUUGUGCUUUGCUAAUAAAUGAAUCAGAAGCAUCAUUUGUUUGGCUAUUUAAGACAUGGCUUACAGCAAUGUCUGGUUGCCCUCCAGUAUCAAUCACCACCGACCACGAUAUGGUGAUACGGUCAGCCAUCAUGCAGGUUUUCCCAGAGACCCGCCACCGUUUCUGCAAAUGGCACAUCUUUAAGAAAUGCCAGGAGAUGCUGUCCCAUGUGUUCCUUAAGCAUCCCAAUUUUGAAGCGGACUUCCAUAAAUGUGUGAACUUGACUGAUUCAAUUGAGGAGUUUGAGUCUUGCUGGUUAGCACUUGUUGAUAAGUACGAUCUUGGGGUUCAUGAGUGGCUUCAGACGUUGUAUUCUGCUCGCAGGCAGUGGGUACCAGUGUAUUUACGGGAUACAUUUUUUGCAGAAAUGUCUAUAACACAACGAAGUGAUAGUAUGAACUCAUACUUUGAUGGGUAUGUGAAUGCAUCAACCAAUCUGAAUCAGUUCUUUAGACUCUAUGAAAAAGCAUUGGAGAGUCGCUAUGAGAAAGAAGUGAAAGCAGAUUAUGACACAAUAAACACUUCUCCUGUUCUGAAGACCCCUUCUCCCAUGGAGAAACAAGCAUCUGAGCUGUACACAAGAAAGUUAUUUGUGAGAUUUCAAGAGGAGUUGGUUGGGACACUUACUUUCAUGGCAUCCAAAGUAGAAGAUGAUGGAGAGGUGACAAUGUAUCAAGUAGCGAAGUUUGGGGAGGAUCAUAAAGCUUACUAUGUUAAAUUUAAUGUCCUGGAGAUGAGAGCAACUUGUAGCUGCCAGAUGUUUGAGUUCUCAGGUCUUCUUUGCAGACAUAUAUUGGCCAUCUUCAGAGUGACAAAUCUCCUUACUCUUCCAUCACAUUACAUUUUGAAACGAUGGACAAGAAAUGCCAAGAGCACUAUUAUAUUGGAAGAACGUGCCAGUGAUGCAUUUAGCAGUUAUCUAGAGUCCCACACUGUCCGAUAUAAUACAUUACGCCAUGAGGCCUUCAAAUUUGUGGAUGAAGGGGCAGAAUCUUUAGAGUCUUACAACGUGGCAAUGGUAGCUCUACAAGAAGCUGCCAAAAGAGUUGCCCUUGCAACACAGAACGAGGGAAAAACACCAAUGGUCAAUGGGCAUGUCAGAGAGGACUUGACCAGUGAUGGAAAUCAGGCAAAUUAUAGUACUGGGGAUCACCCCAGGAGCUUCUCUCAGCAAUUGUCUGAGGAUGAUAUGGACAAGAAAAUCCAUGAUCUUACCCAUGAGCUGGAUUGUGCGAAUCGAAAAUGUGAUGUUUACCGGGCCAACCUGAUUUCAGUUCUGAGGGAUAUUGAAGAUCAUAAACAACAGUUAUCAGUCAAAGUCCAAAACAUUAAGCUUAGCAUGAAAGAUGAUGGCCUUUAAAGGGGAUGAGCAUUUUGGUAUGAUAUGCUUACAGUUGCAGACAAGGACAAUAGAUGUGAAACUCAAGCUGCAACAUGUAUGGUGUCUAUAUUGUUCUCCUAUGGUUGGAUUCUCAUUGAAUGCCUGUCGUAUCAAGUCAUGACUCAAGUGCUCAAAUGUUCAUACUCCUUGAUCAAGGAUGUAAAGCCAGGCAAUCACCAAAAAGAAGAUGCUAGUCAAGCACCUGAAUGCCUGUCAACUGAGCAUAAAUGAG